AUGUCAAAAUUCUUACAAUUAUGUACCCAUCCAUUGGAAUUAAGAGCCGCUUUGGUUUUGAAAUUCAUUAAAAAACCAUUAUUUAAAGUAUCUGAAUCUUCUAUUGAUCCUAAUUUGAAGAGAUGCUAUGAAUUGUUAAACUUAACUUCAAGAUCCUUUGCCGCGGUAAUCAUGGAAUUAAACCCUGAAUUAAGAUCAGCCAUCGCCAUAUUUUAUUUAAUUUUGAGAGCUUUGGAUACCAUCGAAGAUGAUAUGUCAAUUGAUACAGACGAAAAAAUCAAAUUAUUGAAAGAUUUCUAUAGCAAAUUAGACACUUCUGAUUGGUCCUAUAAGGGCAACUCCAAAGACGUCAAAGAUCGCGUUGUCCUUGUGGAAUUUCCGGUCAUUUUAAAAGAAUAUCAUAAUUUGAAGGCAAGCUACCAAAAUGUGAUUAAGGAUAUCACUAAAAAGAUGGGGUUCGGGAUGUCCAAGUAUAUUAUGGAUGAAAAUUUCCAAAAGAAUGGUAUUGAAACUAUCAAGGAGUAUGAUUUAUAUUGCCAUUACGUUGCUGGCCUAGUUGGUGACGGUUUGACAAGAUUAAUCGUAUUGGCUGAUUUCGCUAGUGAAGAUUUAUAUCUUGAAUGUGAAAAAAAUGGUUGGUUUGAAAGUAUGGGUCUUUUCUUACAAAAGACUAACAUCAUUAGAGAUUAUGCCGAAGAUUUGGAAGAUGGCAGAGCUUUCUGGCCAAAAGAAAUUUGGUCAAGACAUACAGAUCAAUUAUCUAAUUUUUACAAUAACAAGUCUAGGGAUCCAGAGGUUGAAAAAAAGGGUCUUGAAUGUAUAAAUGAUUUAGUGUUGAACGCAUUAGUUCAUAUCCCUGAUGUGUUAAUGUAUUUGAGUUCAGUUUAUGAACAAUCUACUUUUCAAUUCUGUUCCAUCCCACAAGUGAUGGCCAUUGCUACACUAGCCUUGGUAUUCAAUAACAAGGAUGUAUUAUACAAGAAUGUCAAGAUUAGAAAGGGAACUACUCUUUAUUUGAUCCAAAAUUCAAGAUCAUUAAGCGAAUGUGUGGAUAUCUUCCAAUACUAUCUUCGUCAGAUAAGAAAGAAAUUACCUGUUGAUGAUCCAAACUAUCUAAAGAUUAAUAUCCAAGUAGCAAAAAUCGAACAAUUUAUAGAAGAGAUGUACCAGGAUCAAUUACCAAAGGGUGUCAAACCAAACGAAACUAAAGUCUAUUUGAAAGCUAAAGCAAGAGAAGUUUGGGAUGAUAAGAUUUAUGCUCAAAUAAAAGAAGAAGAAUCAAUAUUCAACCUAUCAACAGCAAUUAUACUUUGUAUUAUUGGUGGGGUCUUAUAUGCAAAAUUCUGUUCAACAACACCACCAGCUCAUAUGCUUUUAGAUGAUGCCAUUUCAUCUCCACAAGUUUUUUACUCUUGA